AUGACUGUCCCAUGUGACGCUAAUGGCAGUGAUGUAUACCUGUGGAGAAACCGCUCGGGUGGUUUCAGUGCUUCUUUCUCCUCUUUUGUAACUUGGGAGAGGCUGCGCAUUCCUAACUCGCAGGUUCAUUGGCACUCAGUGGUUUGGUUCAAAGAGGAGAUACCUCGUUCCUCUUACAUUGCUUGGACUGCUGUUCUAAAAAGACUUCCAACUCGAGACAUGAUGAUUUCUUGGGGAAUAACUCUUCCACCAGGUUGUGUUCUAUCAUCUGAUGCUGAUGAAUCUCAUUCUCAUCUGUUCUUUGAGUGUUCGUUUGCUACUGUCGCUUGGAAUCGUUUUUGUGGCAGGUUCUUGGCGUUUCCUCCUACCUAUGUUGCCGCAGUGGCUGAUCUUUGCCGGCAGCUGCAGGGACCUCAUGCUUCUCGGGCUGUAGCAGUGCUGAAGCUUUUUAAUCAAGUUAUUAUCUACAACCUAUGA